UUCAGCGCCACCAUGUUUUAGACUCAAAAGAAUACAUUUUCACGCAAUCUCUUAAUUAAUACCUGUAUUCUAAUCAUCUCCAAUUAUUAUUCGUCCAUUCAUUCCAGGUAUCUCAGAGGUCUCAGAACCUGCUUUCAUUUCCAAAACCCUUUUGAUAUUCAAUCAUUUGUGAUUUUCCAAAAUCCAUCUGUUCCUAUUAAUAAUAUCUGUGAUUUUCUAAUAUUUUUCAUAUGAUCUUGGCCUUGAAAUCACGUUGAGGCUUGAGCCAUUGAACUCUGCGACUGAAUUGAGGCGUGGGUUCUGGGUUUUAGGUGAAGAGGUGAAUUGGGUUGGUUUCUGUUUGAAGAAAGAGCAAAAGGGGUCGUUUGGAGUGGUGGUUUGGGUGAGAAUGGGGCAUAGCUCGAAGAAGAAGAAGCGAGGAGGUGGGAGUGGGAGUGGGAGUGGGAGUGGGAGGAGGAGCAAGGGCAGGACUCAAUUGAAAGAUCAUGCGUCUCAUGUUGGUGCUGAUGAUAAUGAGCUUCUCUCUGAGGAAAUCACUGCCUUGUGUGCAAUAUUUCAAGAUGACUGCAAAGUUAUUUCUGGGUCAUCUCCAUCCUCUCAAAUAAUUCUUAAACUCAGGCCUUACUCAAAGGAUAUGGGUUAUGAGGAUCUAAAUGUUUCUGCUCUUCUUUUAGUUAGGUGCUUACCAGGGUAUCCUUACAAGUGUCCAAAGUUGCAGAUAACUCCAGAGAACGGUUUAUCAAAGAGCGAUGCCGAUAAGCUUCUAGCUCUACUCAGUGAUCAGGCAAAUUCUAAUGCCCGAGAAGGACGGGUUAUGAUUUUCAAUUUGGUGGAGGCCGCUCAAGAGUUCCUAUCUGAAAUUGUGCCAGUGGGUCAAUCACAUGAAUCUGUUGUCUGCUCAAGCACGGAUGGCAGUGGUGAAUUGUUUCAGAAGGAAAUUGCAGCUUCAAAUAACAAGAGGGGACCUUUUGUUUAUGGUUUUAUAGACCUCUUCAGUGGCUCUGGAGAGUCAUGGAAUUGGGGUUUCGUAGUGGAUGAGAAAAGUGUAAUGAAUUCUUCAGUACAACCCCAUCCAGUAGGGGGUGCUAAACUUGGAUAUGAAGUUCAGCAAAAGGAGCCUGAUAAGAGUGCCAAGCAAUUGAAAAUGCAGGAUACAAAGCAAGGUUUAUUAUUACCUUCCUCUACUGCCAUCUUAGAUAGCCUUGAAGAAGAGACCGAAGAUAGCAAUAAGAGCAUAUCUUCUACUGAUUCAAGUAGGUCUCUAGAAGAGGAUUUGGUUGGAAACGAUACAGAUGAUGAGAAAGAUCAGUUUAUCCUUGAGAGACGGACAACAGAAGAUGAUGAUGGUGAGUUUGGAAGCGAGACUUCUGUGUCGCUUCCUUAUGCUUCUGUGGGUCAUGACCAAGAAUCUAUGGUUGAACGGGAUCUAAUAGUGGUUCAUCUGCUUCGCCUCGCAUGUGCUUCUGGAGGACCAUUGGCUGACUCUUUGCCACAAAUAACCACAGAGCUGUACAAUCAAGGGAUCAUUUCAGAAUGUGCUCGCGAUUUAGCUUCAAAACCAUCUUCGACAUUUAACAAAACCUUUGAUCAUGUUUUCCAAAAACAUAUGGAUUCAUCAAGAAUGUCUCAAUUUUGGAAGCCCACCGUUGAUUUUGGAGAGCCGAGUACAUCUCUUCCAAGCUCUCGCUUUCUCAAUGACUUUGAGGAGCUAAAAUCCCUUGGUCAUGGCGGUUUUGGCCAUGUUGUGCUGUGCCAAAAUAAACUAGAUGGAAGACAGUAUGCUGUGAAGAAAAUUCGCCUCAAGGAUGAAAGCCUGCCUGUUAAUGAUCGAAUAUUGAGGGAAGUAGCCACUCUUUCCCGUUUGCAGCAUCAACAUGUUGUCCGGUACUAUCAGGCAUGGUUUGAAACAGGAGUGGCUAGUUCUUAUGGUGAUACUACUGGGGUUUCAAUGACUGCAGCAAGCUCCUCUUUCAGCCACUUAGCCACAAGCUCAGUUGAUGCCUUUGGACAUGAGAACAAGCUUGAAUCGACAUAUUUAUAUAUUCAAAUGGAAUACUGCCCCAGGACGCUCCGCCAGGUUUUUGAAAAAUAUAGUAGUUUUGAAGAAGAAUCGGCAUGGCAUCAGUUUCGUCAAAUUGUGGAAGGUUUGGCCCACAUACAUGGACAAGGAAUCAUCCAUAGGGACUUAACCCCGAAUAACAUAUUCUUUGAUGCUCGCAACGAUAUCAAAAUUGGAGAUUUUGGUCUUGCCAAAUUCUUGAAGUUGGAGCAGUUGGAUCAGGAUCCAGGUUAUCCUUCAGAUACCGUUGGACUUUCGGCUGAUGGUACCGGUCAAGUUGGUACCCCUUUUUACACUGCACCUGAAAUUGAGCAAGGAUGGCCUAAGAUUGAUGAAAAGGCUGAUAUGUAUAGCUUAGGCAUUGUGUUUUUUGAGCUUUGGCACCCAUUUGGGACAGCAAUGGAGAGACACAUUGUUCUCACCGAUUUGAAACAGAAAGGAGAACUUCCUCCAGCUUGGGUUGCUGAAUUUCCCAAACAGGCAUCCUUGUUACGGCGCUUAAUGUCUCCAAGUCCAUCUGAUCGUCCCUCUGCCACAGAACUUUUGCAGAACGAAUUUCCUCCACGGAUGGAAUCUCAAGUUUUAGAUGAAACUCUACAAAAAAUGCAUACUUCAGAGGACAGAAGUAUAUAUGAUAAAGUUGUCAAUGCUCUCUUUGAUGAGGAGAUGUUACGCAUGAAAGACCACCAUCAUCAUGCUGGUACAUUGAGGUUGGCUGGAGACGAGGCCUCAGUUCAGUACACAGAUUUAGACACUGAGGUUCGUGAUUAUGUUAUUGAGGUCACAAGGGAAGUGUUCAGACAACACUGUGCAAAGCAUCUGGAGAUAAUACCCACGCGUUUGUUGGAAGAUUUUCCACAGCUCAAUAGGAACACUGUGAAACUGUUGACCCACGGAGGAGAUAUGCUUGAACUUUGCCAUGAGCUGCGUUUGCCUUUUGUUAGUUGGGUGAUCUCCCACCAGAAAUUUUCAUUCAAGCGAUAUGAAAUAUCUUGUGUCUAUAGAAGAGCAAUUGGGCAUUCACCACCGAAUCGCUACCUUCAGGGUGAUUUUGACAUUAUUGGAGGUGCAUCAGCAUUGACAGAGGCAGAGGUUAUCAAGGUGACAAUGGACAUUGUAGGUCAUUUUUUCAAUCCAGAUUCAUGUGAUAUUCAUUUAAAUCAUGCGGACCUUCUGGAUGCAAUUUGGUCUUGGAUAGGAGUGAAGGCAGAGCAUAGACAGAAAGUAGCAGAGAUUCGUUCUAUGAUGGGUUCUCUGCGUCCUCAAUCUGCUGAAAGGAAAUCAAAAUGGGGAGUCAUAAGGCGUCAGCUUUUGCAGGAGCUCAAUCUAGCAGAAGCUGUUGUAAAUAGGUUGCAAACUGUUAGUUUAAGGUUCUGUGGAGCUGCUGAUCAGGCAAUUCCGAGAUUGAGGGGAGCCUUGCCAGCUGAUACAACUACACGCAAAGCACUUGAUGAGUUGUCAGACCUCUUUAGCUACUUGAGAGUAUGGAGGAUUGAAAAACAUGUAUAUAUAGAUGCAUUAAUGCCACCAACUGAGAGCUAUCAUAGAGAUUUGUUCUUUCAGGUAUAUUUAAUAAAGGAGAACAAUCCUGGAUCACUUACCGACGGUGCAUUGCUUUCUGCUGGUGGUCGCUAUGACUAUCUGCUUCACCAAAUGUGGGGUCAUGAAUAUAAAACCAGUCCUCCAGGUGCUGUUGGGACUAGCCUUGCAUUAGAGACGAUAAUUCAGCACUCUUCGAUAGAUUUUAAACCAACUAGAUACGAAGCUAGCACAAUUAUUCUUGUUUGUUCAAGAGGAGGAGGUGGUCUGUUGGAAGAGCGCAUGGAACUUGUUGCUGAAUUAUGGGAGAAGAACAUCAAGGCUGAGUUUGUCCCCACACCCGAUCCAAGCCUUACAGAGCAGUAUGAAUAUGCAAAUGAACAUGAUAUAAAAACCCUGAUCAUCCUAACAGACACAGGUGUGUCUCCAGCUGGUUUCGUCAAGAUCCGUCAUCUUGAACUCAAGAAGGAGAAGAAAGUUGAGAGAGAAAACCUGGUCAGAUUUUUGUUGGAUGCAAUGACAACACAAUUUAGAAACCCCUCAAUUUGGAAUUAGGUGUCGUCCUCAAGGCAAUACUUUUUCAGAUUAUGUUCUCCGGCAACCCCUUUCAUUUCAAGAGAGCUAGACUAUCACCAGGAAUCAUCGUCAUAUUCCUGAAAGGCCACGUGAGAAGUUUUGCAAGUUGAGUUUUUCCCCCCCCCCCCCCCCCCGAAUACCAUUGAGGUUUCGUCCACCUCAUAGUCUAACCCCACAUUUUUCCCACAUUUUAAUGGAGUGAAUAUGUAAAUAUAUGAAAUGUCAAUUCAUUCUGUGGGAUAUAGGUAGUAACUGUGAAUAGGUUAUAGUGCCAUCAAACUCUUCUUUUCUUUUUAUUCCUAGUUUUUUGUAAGUAGAUGUGUAUAUGAUUAAUUUUCACAGCACAAGAACAAAAUUCUCCCUUUGCCUGAAAAGUUAAAUCUACUGGUUGUAAUCAUGACUAUACCAGAAUUUAACCUUUUUGCAUCUCAGGCUUCUUUCUUCUCUUACAUUGCUAGUACAGAUUGACAUGGUUCAGAGCCAACAUAAAACAUGACAGAUCUUGCUGUUCAUUUUCCUCA